GAUUUCAACAAAAGUUUAUUAAACCAAAAUAACCGUUGUCUGUUGUUAGUGAGAGUGAUUUAAUUUACGAAAGAAUUAAUUUCCUAUCUGAUUUGUGUCACUGCAAACCGUUUUCAAAAUACGGAGACUGUCAACUCACCUGCAUCAAAAGAAGAAAUUGUUUCGGGUGAAUAACGUCAAGAAAUCGGUUGCAAAAGUCAAAGGACUUAUCGUUUCUUUGAAAAAUGAAUCCACCACAGCGGGGAAAUGGGAGAGGUCGAGCUAGAUGGACUCCAUUCAAUUAUCGAAGAACCUCGAGUGUUGGCCGACGUCCGAAAACUAUUUCCGUACCAGUUUCUCAUGCGAACUCGGAUGACGAUGAGCCUACUAACUCAUCCGAAUCCCAACCAGUUAUAGUCAGACAUAUUUCUGCAAAUAAUGACCAAUAUCCAGGCUGGAAUCUGUAUUUUCCUGAAGAAACCUUUGCAGAAGAAUCAAAUAUUGUUGGAAAACUUAGGGCAUUUGAGGCUCAUAUUACAUCUAAUCCAGAAUACGAUCUGCAGAUGGCAAGGAAAAGACUUUGGUACCCAUUGUCGUUAUCAAAUCUGACUGGUGACGCAAAUUUAAUGACAGCAUGGCCAACAUUUGCACAGGAUUUGGUUGACACGCCUGAUGAAACACUAAAAUGCCUGGGAUUGGCAAUGCAUCAGCAACUGAUUAACCUUCCAAACACUCCAUGCUCAACGCAGAGUGACUUUACGACAAAUAAAGAUGUCAGCUUGCAGCAAGUACAUGCACGCAUCCAGACCAACUUGAAACCCGUGACCAUAAACUCGUUGAAGGUAGACAGAAAUGGAAAACUGAUCGUCGUUAGGGGAAAUGUGGUACGUGUUAGUUCGCUGGAAUAUCGUGCGACUUGGAUUGCGUAUCGAUGUCUUCAGUGUAAUGCUGUGCAAGCCAUUAAACAACCUACACAAGCCGAAACAAGGCCACGAUCAUGUCCAUGUAAAAAUCGUAGCUCCAGCAAUUUCAUUUCGAUCGUGUCAUCGCCGUUCACGUCCACCGAAGCAUGUCAAACGAUUCAUCUACAAGAAACUCUCAAUGCCAAUCAAUCCGGAAGAGUGCCUCGAACAAUAAAAAUCGAAUUGUUCCAAGACUUGGUUGAUUCAGUUUAUCCCGGCGACGAUGUAACUGUUACGGCAAUUGUACAAUGUCCUCCUCAGGAAAGAGCCGGAGUAUCGCCUCUGCGUGAUAUCUACCUGAAAGCCGUAUCGUUGUCGAGUAACCGAAACGCAACAAUGACCUGGAAAAGCACAUUCUCCGAUAAAGAUCUUGGAGCGAUUCAAGCCAUCAAGUCAAAACCGUGUCCGUUUCGAUUGCUGAUACAUUCAUUAUCUCCUUCGAUUUAUGGACAUGAGCUGAUUAAAGCUGGACUCGUAUUGGCGCUGCUAGGUGGUAGUGAUAAUCCAAAUCGCCGAUCUCAAUGCCAUAUUCUGAUCGUCGGAGACCCUGGUCUUGGCAAAAGUCAAAUGUUACAAGCAUGUGCUGAUGCUUCUCCGAAAGGAAUUUUUGUGUGUGGAAAGACAAGCUCCACAGCCGGUCUUACAGUAGCCGUCCAUCAUGAAAAAGGAAAUAAUACGUCCUUGGGUGCUGGCCCUUUACUAUUAGCUGAUCAAGGAACUUGUUGUAUUGAUGAAUUGGACAAAAUGUCGAACAGUAAUCAGGCUCUCCUAGAAGUUAUGGAACAACAGUGUGUGUCUAUCGCUAAAGCCGGCGUUUUUUGUUCGCUACCUGCACGUACAUCGGUUAUUGCAGCUGCCAAUCCGGCUGAUGGUCAUUACAAUAAGUCCAAAACUGUCUCUGAAAAUGUAAAGAUGAACCCGGCACUACUGUCCCGCUUUGACUUGGCAUUUAUCAUUCUUGAUCGUCCCAAUGCUGAACUCGACUCCGUACUUCAUGAUUACCGCAGACAUUUGUCUGGUAUGCCACAAGUGCUGUCUCCCAGCGCUUCUUUUAACGGAUCGCAGGCAACAUUGAGUGGCCAAGCUAACGAACCACUCAAUGUUAGACUCAAGCUGCAGAGAAAUGAAAAGAUCGACCCACUACCGCGCGUCCUUAUGCAGACGUAUAUUGCCUAUGCUCGAAAAUACUGUCAUCCGAAACUUUCCGAAGGGGCCAUAGGCCUACUACGUGACUUCUAUUUGGAAUUGAGAGGUGUUCAGCAGGGCGACAAUUCCAUUCCAGUUACGACGAGACAAUUGGAAGCAAUGAUACGACUGACACAAGCACGUGCCCGUGCUGAAUUGUGUGGCGAGGCGACAGCUCAACAUGCAAGUGAUGUCAUCACGAUUGUGAGACAUAGUAUGAUCGAUGUUUUUAGUACCGACGUGGGGACGAUACAAUUGCAGCGUAAUGUUAACGGUUCCGGGAUGAGUCAAACGAGUCAGAUUCGACAAUUUGUUCGGAUAUUGCAGGUGAAAUCGACACAGUCGAACAAGACGAUAUUUUCGCUUGCUGAAUUGAAGGAAAUGGCUGUCAAUGCUAACCUGAGAUUUUUGAGUUUCACGGAUGCUAUCGAGACGAUGAAUAUCCAAGGAUUUCUAUUGAAAAAGGGUUCAAGUUUAUACAAAUUUCUGAAUGAUUAAACUCAAUCAAUUGACAAUGUAAUCGGUUGCUGUCUAAGCGAAUGUAAAUAUUUUUGUAGUUCUUAAAAAUAAGGAGAAAUUGUGAUAGGGCACCAGGCACCACACAAAUACCAUUGUUAAGUUUGCUUACGUCUUUAAUAAAUAUAUUUUCUCGUUAAAUCAAC